AUGUUUAAUGAAAAGAAUGAAAAUACUCAAACGUCAUCUGAGUCAUGUGCCAAAGACCAAAAUCAUAUUCAGGAAAUUUCUUUGGUAGAAUUUCAGUCCAAAGGAAGGCACACAGCAUUUGCCGGUGCGUCUCAGUGUCAAGCAACAGUAAUGCUCAGGGUGUUACCAGUAGAGAUUGCUGCUCCUGAUAAGAGUAACAUUGUUAGAAUUCUGGCUUUACUGGAUUCUGCUUCAUCAGUUAGUCUAAUUGAUGGUACUUUAAUUCGUCGAUUGGGCGUAUUUGGUACUCAGGCCUCCAUGGAACUGAUGUGGUUGGAUGGUUCAAGUAAAGAAAUUCACAGCACCACGGAGGUAACACUUGCAAUAAGAGGAGUAUUUCCGGGUGCUAAAUGGUAUGAGUUGCGAAAUAUACGAACCAUGUCCGAUUUGAUCUUGCCAGAGGUGCGUGUGGAUAAAGAGAAAUUGAUUAAUCAAUUUCCCUAUCUUAAAACAAUAGAAUUUUCUGGAUUUUCUAACCAAGCACCUCAAAUUCUUCUUGGUGAGGAUAAUGCUUUCCUUAUCGCCACUCAUGAUCUCAUACAUGGUCCUCUAAAGGAUCCUGUAGCUUCAAAAACUGCUUUGGGAUGGGUAAUUAGUGGCUCAGAUGGGGGGAGACGACGUCACCCCGAAUACACUCAUAUGUCGAGAAACUCGAAUAAGAGUGAAAUUCACGAGCUCACUGAAAUUAUCAAGACAUCCUUUAGUACAGAAGAUUUCGGUGUCAAGGUCUAUAUCGAGAAACCCAGAAGUCAGGAGGACAAAUAUGCAUUAUCAAUUAUGGAAUCAACGACAAAACGUGUUGGGCAAAGAUUUGAAACAGGUCUUCUUUGGAAGGACACAGAUGCACCACUACCCCAGUCUAGAGCAACUGCGUGGCGUCGUCUUAGACAAAUUGAAAUGCGCAUGGACCGAGAUGAAGCGUUUAAAACGGAUUACACAAAAAAGUUUGAACAUUAUAUAGACAGUGGCUAUCUUGAGCCAGUAGAGUCACCAUCAGAACAAUCAAGAAAGGUUUGGUAUUUGCCACAUUUCGGCGUGACAAAUCCUAACAAACCCGGGAAACUUCGACUGGUGUAUGAUGCGGCAGCGAAGGCACAUGGGAUAUCUCUCAAUGAUUGCCUAUUGAAGGGUCCCGAUUUGAUGAAUAACCUGCCUGGAAUUCUGUUGCAAUUUCGUAAAGGACAGUACGCUUUCGCAGGUGAUAUUCAAGAGAUGUUUCAUCAAAUAGUGAUUCGAGAACAAGAUCGUGAUGCGCAACGUGUUCUCUGGCGGGCAGACAAAAGAGAUGUUUUUCCACAAGAGUAUCGCAUGCGAGUCAUGACAUUUGGAGUAGCAUGUAGCCCCGCAUUAGCCGCCUAUGUUAAGGACAAAAAUGCUAAGGAGUUCAUCAAUCGGUAUCCUACAGCUGUAGAUGAAAUUAUACGAAAGCAUUUUGUAGAUGACUAUUUGGGAUGCACAGAUGAUGAAGAAUCCGCCAUUCAACUGAUAAAUGAAGUCAUCAAUAUACAUAAGCAAGGAGGAUUCAACAUCAGAAACUUUAUUAGCAAUUCCCAAAAGAUCUUGAGUGGUCUUCCAAAAGAAUCAUGCCGUGAUAUUCAUGACAAAGAUUUAGACAUUGAGAGUAGUUUUGAGAAAAUCCUCGGUGUGUGGUGGAAUACAGAAACUGAUUGCUUUACAUUCAAAGUAAAGAUAAAUUGCAUCCAGCAAGAAGUAAUUGAAGGAACAGACUUGCCCACGAAGCGAGAAGCACUUCGUAUCUUAAUGUCAAUUUUCGACCCCUUGGGUAUGUUUGCUCACUUUAUCAUUUGCGGAAAAAUUCUUCUACAAAAAAUCUGGAAACGCGGUAUAGAAUGGGACGAUGAGUUGCCAUCUGAUCUUGGAGAUGAAUGGAGGAACUGGUUAAAGCAACUUUCCUUUUUACCUCGUGUCUCAAUUCCGAGAUGCUAUUCGGAUUUACGUUUCCGAACAGCUUCAGUAGAACUACAUGUUUUUGCAGAUGCAAGCAGUGAGGCCUUUGCUUCUGUUGCAUACUUAAGAUUUGUGAAAAACGGACACAUUCAUGUGAGCUUUGUAAUGGCUCGUACCCGUGUCGAACCUAUAAAAGGAUUGACCAUUCCCAAAUUGGAAUUGCAAGCCGCUUUGAUGGCUAGUCGUCUUUCCAAAACAAUAGAACAAUACAUUGAUAUUACUGUUCAUCGGAAGGUAUUUUGGUCUGACUCUAUGGUAGUGCUGGGUCAGAUUCGAGGAGAUCCUCUGCGUCGCAAUGCCUUCGUCGCGAACCGAGUAGGCGAGAUAAAUGAACUCACAAAUCCUGAAACAUGGAGAUACGUUCCCAGUCAGUUAAAUGUAGCAGAUCAAGCCACAAGAGGGAACGGCAUGGUGGAAUUUAGUGCAACAUCAACUUGGUAUCAAGGCCCGAUAUUCUUGUGGAAAGAUGAGAACCUUUGGCCGGCUGCACCCGGUACUCGGGACACGAAAAUAGAUGAAAACGAAGAUGAGUUGGAUUUUGAAACGAUAAACGUUGUGACCUUAGAUCAGCCGACAGCAUCAGAUGACGACAGGUUGCACGAAUCAGUAUUGGAUCCGGAAAAUUAUAUGCGUUGGGAUCAUAUGCUAAAAGUCGCCGGUUAUGUGUACAAAUUCAUUGAUGCCUGUCGUCAGCGCCGCAGAACUAAUAACUUAAUAGAACCAAACGGAAAAAUAUUUCUGACUGCCAGUGACUACAAGGGUGGCGAGAGAUGCAUAAUUCGACAGACACAACAAGAAUGUUUUCAUGCAGAAUUUGAGUGUUUGGCACAAUCACGUACAUUGGAGAACCACGAAAAUAAUAGACACGUAAACGCUAAGCUUUCAAAGAAAAGCACCAUCUAUAAAUUGAAUCCAGGUUUGGAUGAGAACGGAAUAAUUCGUGCUUACGGUAGGAUUCAGAUGAUGCCACGAGCUAGCGAAGACUUCAAAAAUCCUAUCCUGCUUCAUGCAGGAAAUCGGGCAGUACAGUUAAUGUUGACCCAUUAUCAUCAAGAACUUGGUCACUGGGGAACUCCUUUGGUGAUGGCAGAGUUACGACAACGCUUUGAAAUUAUUACCGGAAGGAAGGCAUUAAAACAAAUUCAAAUGGAUUGUAUCACAUGCCAGAAAGCACGAUCACAACCGAAUGUACCAAUUAUGGGCCAAAUUCCUGAGGAACGUCUGUCUGCACAUGUACAUCCAUUUACUCAUACUGGAUGUGACUUCUUUGGACCCCUUUAUGUCAAAACAGGGAGAAGUGAGGUGAAACGAUAUGGAGCAAUAUUUACCUGUUUGACGACCCGCGCCAUUCACUUAGAAUUAUGUGAAAAUUUAACUACGGAUUCCUGUAUACUAGCUAUCCGUCGCUUCAUGGCAAGAAGAGGGGAACCCGAAACAAUAUUAUCCGACAAUGGAACGAAUUUCAAAGGAGCUGAAAGGGAAAUUCGUCAGUCUCUGGCCGAAAUCAAACAUGAUGUCAUCACGUCGACUCUUGCGAAACGUCAAGUGACUUGGAAGUUUAACCCUCCUCAUGCACCCCAUAUGGGUGGGACGUGGGAAAGACUGGUAGCUCCUGUGAAAAAGGCAAUCUCGCUAGCGAUCGGGAGCUCCAAACACCCUCCAAGUCAAGAAGUGUUGCAGACUGUGUUAGCAGAAGCUGAACAUCUAGUGAAUUCACGUCCGUUAGCUGAAGUCAGCGAUGCAAAUGAAGUCCUUACUCCCAAUCAUUUUCUGAUCCACCGUCAGUCUGGACUACAAGCACCUGGAACCUUCACCGAUCAAGACCUUGUACUUCGAAAGGAAUGGCGUAAAUCACAACGUCUCACUGACAUCUUCUGGAAGAAGUGGCUGCAGUUCUACACCCCAACACUGACACAUCGACCCAAGUGGCACAGCAACAACCCAAAUGUCAAAGUUGGAGACCGUGUUAUGAUCGUGGAUCCUAAUCUGGAGCGUAAUACGUGGCCUGUUGGACGAGUAGUCGAGUUGUACCCCGGGAAAGAUGGAAAAGUUCGAGUGGUUCUGGUCCGAACUGAAGAUGAGCAUAAAGUGUUUAAGCGACCAGUAGCGAAGUUAAUCAUCCUCAGAACUCCCAAAUUGCUCAACGAUGAAUUGAAGCCGAAAGAUCGGCCCAAUUCGGGGGGAGAUCAUGUUGAAUGCAGGAGCUAA